AUGUACACGAUAUCAUCUAUUUUACUUCCUCUUUCUCCUCUCUCUGUUUCUUUUUCUCUUUCUUUCAUUCUCUCUCCCCAUACUUUAAUUUCUCUAAUCAUUAUUCACCCUCUUUUAAUACAUCCCUAUACACUUUUCUUUUCAUGCUCUUUCUUUCAAUGCAUUUUCUUUUGCUUUUAUUCACUCCCUUCCUUUAUACUCAACUUAUUUUCUCAUUCUCUCUUCCCCUCUUUCUCUUUCUUUCAUUCCAUAUACAAUGUUCCUGCUCCCCUUUCCUUUUCAUACCUUUUUCUUUUUUAUAUUUUAUCUCGAUUUCCACGUUUUUCAGUUUUUCGUUUUUUUUCCUUUCUUUCCCAAAUUUUCAUUGGCAUUUUUCUUUCUUUUUCUUUCUCUCCUUCUUUUUUCUUUAUUUCUUUUUCUACCUUUCUUUUGUUUUCUUUCUUUAUUUCUUUGUUUUACUUUCUUUUUUGUCUAUCUUUUUGUUUCUUUUUUCUUUCUUUCUUUUUCUUUCAAUAUUUUGUUGAUAUUUUCUUUCCUCAUUCCUUCUCCUGCCUCCAUAUUCUAUUUUUAUUUUCCCUCUUUCUGUUUUCUUUUUCCCCCUUUCCUUUUAUCGUUUUUUCUUUUCUCUCUUUCUUCCUAACAUCUUUUCUUUUCGUUCUCUUUUUUUUUUUCUCCCUUUCCUUGUCUUCUCUUCAUUUUAUCUUUCCCGGUGUCUUUUCGUCAUUUUUAGCUUCCACCCUGACUCGAUCGCUUUUAUUAUUUCUUCUUCAUUUUGAUUGUAUGUUUUCCUUUUCCCCUUUUUUAUACACAGAGAUGCUUUAUUUUCUUUCUCUUCCUCUCUUUCUCUUUUUUUUUGUCCUCUUUUUUUCUAUCUUUCUCAAAAUCGUUUAUACCACCGCCCCCACCAAAAAAUCUAUCUAUCUAUCUAUCUAUCUAUCUGUUUAUCAAUCUUUUUAUAUAUCUCAUUCUCUUUAUAUCUAUAUAUCGAUCUAUCUAUCUAUCUCUCUGCCUGUCUGUUUAUCAAUCUUUUUAUAUAUCUCAUUCUCUUUAUAUCUAUCUAUCUAUCUAUCUAUCUAUCUAUCUAUCUAUCUAUCGAUAGAUCGAUCUAUCUAUCUAUCUCUCUACCUUUUACCUCCUCCCAUUCCUCCUCCUCCUUCUUCUUCUACUCCUCCCAUUUCUUCUUCUUCUUCUUCUUCUUCUUCUUCUUCUUCUUCUUCUUCUUCCCAUCCUUCUACACCUCCCAUUUCUUCUUCUUCUUUCUCUCCUUCUUCUUUUUCCCAUCCUUCUACCCCUCCUAUUUCUUAUUCUUAUUCUUAUUCUCCCCAUCCUUUUACUCCUCCCAUUUCUUCUUCUUCUUCUUCUUCUUCUUCUCCCAUUUCUUCUUCUUCUUCUUCUUCUUCUUCUUCUUCUUCUUCCCAUCCUUCUACACCUCCCAUUUCUUCUUCUUCUUUCUCUCCUUCUUUUUCCCAUCCUUCUACCCCUCCUAUUUCUUAUUCUUAUUCUUAUUCUCCCCAUCCUUUUACUCCUCCCAUUUCUUCUUCUUCUUCUUCUUCUUCUUCUUCUUCUUCUUCUUCUCCUCCCAUUUCUUCUUCUUCUUCUUCUUCUUCUUCUUCUUCUUCUUCUUCUUCUUCUUCUUCUUCUUCUAUUCCCAUCUUACUCUUUCUUCGUCUCCUUUUCAACCUUGCUUCUAUUCUUUUUCAAUUUCCUAGUUUCCUUUCUUUCAAUUUUUCUCCUUCCCCACUUUUCUCUUUUCUCUUUCCUUUUCCCUUUUUCCAUCUCUCUCCUCUCUCUCUCUCUCUCUCUCUCUCUCUCUUCUUUAAUCAUUUCUUUUUUUUUUCUAUCACUCAUCUCAUCUCUUUCCCUCCACUUAUUUUUUUCUUCUUCUCUGCUUUGCUUUUUUUAAUUUUCUCUUUGUUUUUUCCUCCAUUUCUUCGGCCACUUUUCUUCUCUUUUUUUUUCAAUGUUUUUUCUCUUUUUCCUUCAUCUCAUUUUCUUCAUUUUACUUUAUCUUCUUAUUUUAUCUUCUUUCUUUUCUUCUCUCUUCCUUUCUCUUUUUCUUCUCUUUUCCCUAUUCUCUCUCUUUUUUUCAAUUCUCUUCUUUUCCAUCUUCUUUCUAUUCCUCUUUUCCUUCUUGAUUUUCCUCUUCUUUUUUACUCUUACACUUUUCUUCUCUUAUACUUUUCUUCUCUUAUUUAUUUUCUUUUUUCUUUCUUUUUGUCUUUCUUUUCUUUCUGUCUUUCUUCUUUAUUUUUCUCUUAUACACUUUCUUGUCUCUGCUUUAUCUUCCUCUUUUUAUUUCGUGUUCUCUUCUUUCUUUUUACUUUAAUUCUUCUUCCUCUUUUUCUUCUUCCUCUUUCUCGUCGCUUUCUUUUUACACCCGUCCUUCUUCUUGCGUGGCUUUUUUUUUUUAAUAUAAUUCCGAUCUUCUUUUUCUUUCUUUAUUCUUGUGAAAAGAAUUUGCUACUGUUUUCUCACUUCCGUUCUUUUCUCUUUGCGUUGCUUUCUUUCACCGCGUUUUAG